AUGGGGGGGACACCCACCCGGCCAUCCCAGGGGCCACCAGGGCCAUCCUGGGAUCCACCGGGGCCAUCCCAGGGGCCACAGGAACAUCCUGGGAUCCCCCAGGGCCAUCCUGGGAUCCCCCAGGGCUAUCCCAGGGGCCACAGGAACAUCCUGGGAUCCCCCAGGGCCAUCCCAGGGCGGGAUCCACCCCGGGAUCCUUCACCCUCCUCUCCCUGA